AUGUUUGGAUAUCCUUCCAACACAAGUAUCGGCGAAAUUGUAUUUCAAGCUUUACAAAAAGAUCCAGAGAAAGUUGCGCAGAUAUCCGAUUCAGAGCAGACUACGCUAACAAAAAAAGAGUUAUUGCUGAAUGCGAUUCGUAUUGCCACUUAUUUACGCAAUGCUGGGAUAAGGCAAGACGACAUCGUUGGAAUCGUAGCUCAGAAUACGACGCACCUGUCAGCACUUACCUUUGCAUUGUUCUUCAAUGGUAUUGCUUACCAUUCACUUAACCCUGCCUUAGAAGAAGCCACAUUCCAAAAACUUUUAGACAUCACCAACCCAAAGAUCGUUUUUUGUAAUGCAGAAAACUAUGACCUAUUGGUCCGAACAAGCCGUAAAGCCAAAAUUAUAAUAAUGAAACCAGAGUUAUCCGGCGUUACGAGCAUGGAAGAUAUACUUCAAACACCCAUUGAUCUAAACAGUUUUAGGCCUUUAAAACUCCAGCAUGGGGUAUCGCAAACAUUGGCUAUUGUAAGUAGUUCUGGUACAACUGGCAUACCAAAAGCUGUAACCAUUAGUAACACCCAUAAAUUGUUUGAAACACUUGAUGUUUUGCCUAGCGAUAUCCAAUAUACUCCCAGCACGCUCGACUGGAUCUCUAGCUUAAUAACUCUCUUAACAUCAGUGGUGGUGGGCACAACACGGAUCAUUUCUGAACGUACUUUCGAUCCGCUCCAUCUAAUAGAAUUAGUCCAAAAAUACCAAAUCACUUGGCUUUUCCACUCGCCCUCGCAUAUCAACAUGCUUCUUAGUUGCUCCCAAAUUGCGCCCCACAAACUCGACUCUGUACGUCUAGUGCUUGUUGGAGGUGGCAAUAGUAAUGUAAGCACUCUUCAGAAACUUCAAACCCAACUGCGUCACGGCAUUCCUGUCAUUAUCUACGGUCUAACCGAGGCAGGAUCAGCUAUAACCGUUAAUAGCAACGCACUUGUGAAGCGCGGUUCUGUUGGAUGCCUCGUACCAGGCUUUCGCGUCAAGAUCAUCAACGAGGAUGGUUCCGCUUUGGGACCCGGGGAACAAGGGGAAAUAUGCUUCAAUAAUGGACAACCCUGGGCAGGCUAUGUAGGUAACCCAGAGGAAACAAUGCGAGUGCGGGAUGAUGAAGGGUGGAUACACACAGGUGACAUUGGCUACAUGGACAGCGAUCACUAUUUAUAUAUUGUUGAUCGCAAAAAAGAUUUGCUUAUGUACCGAGGCAUGAAAUAUUAUCCCCAAGAGAUCGAACAAAUCAUUGCAGAGAUUCCAGCUGUGAGUGAGGUUUGCGUUUUCGGCAUUUGGAGUGAACUCGAAAGUGAUGCAGCUGCAGCAGCCGUUGUUAAAAAUCAAAACUCCCAGCUAAGUGCCAGCGAAAUUUUAGACUUUGUAAAGUCAAAAAUCAGUGUGAAGUACAAGCACCUGAAUGGUGGGGUCUUCAUAGUAAAUGAAUUGCAAAAAUUACCGAAUGGCAAACUUAAUCGUCGGGCCAUAAAGGAGGCAUGUUUACGAACACAACAAAUAAAUUUGUAUACAUGA